UAGGUCUAGGAAAAGGCUGGGAAACACUUAAGCUUGUUUUGAAGCUCCUUUGCCCUCUUAGUAAAGGAGCAAUUCUACAGCAUCAGUCUGAAGUCUCCUGCCUAUUCAAGAGAGCACUUCUCUUUCUGACGGUGGUUCAGCUCCUGAUGGAGGAGCAAAAUGUUAUCACAGGGGUCCCGGCAGCCCUAAAGCGCCUGGCCAAACACAUAGUGCGUGGUUUCUAUGGAGCAGAGCACUCCCUGGCCCUUGAUCUACUGAUCCGCUACCCCUGCAUCAAAGAGGAUGACCUGUUACAGCUGCUCAAGUAUGAACGUAAGCAACUGCGUGCUAUCCUCAACACGCUCAAGGCAGACAAGUUUGUGAAGCUGCGCAUGCGAGUUGAAACGGGGCCUAAUGGGAAGAGCACAAGGCACAAUUACUAUUACAUCAACUACAAGGUGCUGGUGGAUGUGGUAAAAUACAAAAUGGAUCAUAUGCGCCGGAAAAUAGAAGCGGAUGAGCGGGAUUCAACUACCAGGUUCUCUUUUAAAUGUCCAUCUUGCUCCAGCACUUACACAGACCUUGAGGUCAAUCAGCUCUUUGAUGUAUUUACAGAGACUUUCCACUGCACUUACUGCAACACUGAAGUAGAGGAAGAUGCCUCAGCAGUUCUGACGCGUGACACUCAAACCUUGCUCGCGAAAUUCAAUGAGCAGAUGGAACCUGUCUUUGCGCUGCUACGUGAAACUGAAGACAUUGCUCUGCCAUAUGAGUUGCUGGAACCGCAGCCAACGGAAAUACCGGAAUUGUCAGGAAGCUUUGAUCAGAAGGUGGGUUCAAGUGCGCUGGAAUCCUGCAACCAACCUGAGAAAUGGGCCAGCAGACGUUCCUCUUACAGCAAUAUGUACACUCAAAACUUAGUUAUUGAUGUCCAAGACUCUGAGCACAAGAAGAAAGCAAGAGAAAAACCAACUAAGAAGCAACCUAUCUGGAUGUCGCAGAGCACUGUGGAAGGAGCAACAAGAACUGCCAACAACAGUGUCGCAGUAAAUGCCUCUGAAGAAACUGGUAAAGAAACUGUCACUGGUAAUGAAAUCCUCAGGACUCUUCUGCUCCAUGAACCCAAGCUGUCAUCUAGCACAGACAAGGCUCCUGUUGUCAAAAGCAAACCACCCAAAUCAGGCAGUGAUGUUAGUGAGUCUGAAGGUGAUGCCAAACACUCAAGAGCAGCAGGAAUGGAAGUAGCAGGCAGCAACUUUGAACAAGAGGAGGAAGAACAGGAAGCACAAGGUCCUAUUUUAAUGGUAGCUGGUCAGCCUCAUUCAUAUGGUGAAGUUAAUGAAAAUCCAGAGCUUGUGUCUCUAAUGACAAAUGAAGAGAGGGAUGAGUAUGUUAAAGUAGGGCAAGAAAUGUUCCAGUCUGUCUUUGAAUAAAUAUAGUAGUGUGAACAUGCAAA